AUGGACAACUCAGAGUCACUUACACCAAAAGCAAACUUUACUUUGGAAAUUAACAAAACGUAUUCGGAUGUUUACGAUAAUUUCAGCUCACCUGAAACAUUACAGUUCAUCCAUACAUUGAAACAGGAGCUUGAUGCCUUGUGCAAAAAAGCAAAUCCACAAGCAUAUAAGACAGUAAAAAUCAUCAAAUUAUCACCAGGAAGUAUUCUUGCAGAGAACGUGGUGGAGUACAGGUAUCUAAAUAAUGAUACGGAAAUCCACAUUGUCAACACUCAGCUUGAGAAGGCGUUGAGUGAUAUCUUGAAUGACUCAAGAAAUCUUCAUAACAUUUCACAAGCCCUUGGAAAUGUAAGAGUGCAGUUGAAAAGACUCACCUUUGAGGCACCUAAUAUCAGCAAUAUCUUGGACCUGAGGUCUUUUAUUAGUUGCUCUCGAUUUGCCAAUUACACUGCUGAGAUUAUUGAUGAUCAAUGGCAGUGUACUGGACCUUGCAAAAAAAAUCCUAAUUACUGCCAUCAACAUGGAGAGUGUCAUAAUGACAUUAACAGAGGACCAAUCUGCACGUGCUAUGAAAAUAGCCUGGAGCAGUUCUAUGGUUCACGGUGUGAAUCCUUCCGCCGAGGUCCAGGUUUCUAUGGAGCACUGUUUGGCUCACUGGCAGGGGCCAUUCUGCUCUUGAUUGUCAUCAUCACCAUCGUCAUCAUUACUACUAAGAGGCAUGCAAGCUUUUGGAAAAAAAGCCACUCUUUUAACAGAAGACUGUCUGCUUUCGAGGAAGACUUCUUUGACUUCUCUGGAGCCCACAACUUUGGACCUGUUGGUAGUUACAGGUCACGACCAAAUGAUUCUGAAUAUGUACCUCAGAUGAAGUCUUCAGACCAAAGAAUGUAGUUUUCGAUGCCAGCAAUAAAGGCAAUGUCUGUAAAAUAUUAGUGAUAUCUUGUGAUAUUUAGGAUAUUAUUUAUAUUAACUGUAAUUCAUAUUCAAGAAGGAACACGCAAAUUUGCAAAUACACUGAUGUUUAUUAUCAACUAAGCCAUUGCUUUGCGUGUUCUUGUUGUGUUUUAUUUAUAGUUAAUAAGCAGUGAUCCUCUACAGCCUUGAAACACACAAACAAAAUUUAGACCCUUCAUUUCAUUUUUCAUAGCAGACAGAAAUAGAUACAAUAACAAUAUCUCCACAUAAAGAGGGUAAUAGUUGCUUCCGGACUUCUCUGAGUCAUUACAGUCUGCUGGCACUAGAUGGCAUAGAUGCAUUGAUUUGAAUGUUUUCCCUUUAAAUAAAAGGACAGGGACAUAUUCAGCAGGUUUAAUACAGUAGGCUGUUUCUAUUAUGGACUUGCAGCAAGAAUGUGUCCUUUUAGGUGUGUUGUUGGAUAUAAAAGAUCUUAUCAGAGUCAGUAUGAAAACUGGGAAAAAGCUAGAAUCCUGGAAUGUGAGUGUAAUGAUGCUGACAGGGCACAGAUCCAGCUCUAGAGCAGCACACAAGAUCACAGUUAAUUGUACAAGAGAGUUUCACACUCCUACCAUUUGGUUUAAAUAUCCGAGCAAAACCUCAUUCAUACUUUUUGAUCUAGACUAUUUGUGGGUUUUUGUCUCCACCUACCGCCUGAAGACAGGAGGCACACUGACUAACCGGUUUCUUUGCCUUCAUGUCAAUGUGCUAUGUUUCCUACGCAAGCACUAUGACCUGAGUAAAAUUUAACCAGCAGCACUUCAGCUUGAGUUAAAUAUUUACAAAUCUGUCCAUCCCUCACUGCAAGCGAUAAGAAAAGUUACACCUGAACAAAACCUUAAUGCAAACAGUGGGGUUAAUUAGCAGAUUUUCCAGGCUAUCCUGCAUGCCUUUUCAUUGUUGUUGUUGUUGGUUUUGUAUGAUGGGAAUUUUAAAACCUAGAAAAAUCAUAUUGAGCUAUAAAAAGCUCCACUUACCUUGAUAAUAUAUCACAUUGCAUUUAUUUUUUUUUAUCCUUUUUUGUUAUAAAUACUGUAUUGUUAGUUUAAAUACUACUUCACAUAUAUACUUACAUAUACAGGAUCAUUCUCAGAACAGUGUCUUUGGAUUCAAUGUUAAGAAAUAUUUUACUAUGGCAUAAAAUUUUGUGGAAGAAACGCAGAAAAUCUAACAUGCACAUGAUCUAUGGUUUUCAUUUUAUAUCACUGUAAAAGUGAGUAAUCUUAUCCCUUUAUAACUUUUUGGAUAAUCAGAAAUGGAUCUUUACAAAAAAGCUCACGCAUUUAUACAUAGAGUAGAACUACUGUCUUGUUGAGUUCAGAAGAACAUAUAAUACGGAAAUAGGACAUGAUAGGAUUGUACUUACUUACUAUUCUUUAUGCCUGCUGACAUGUAGGGCAACAAUAAUUUAUUGUAUUGUUACACAUUUGAAAUCAAAUAAAAUUAAACUUGCACUAUUUGUGACAUUUGUGUUUGCGAUUUAAAUUCAGUUUGUGGCUUGCUUACUAAGAUCCACCAGUGUUGGAUAUAAAUCUCCAUUAACUGUCAUGGGUAUUUUAUUACUAAUCAAGAUCUCCACUUGUUCUUUUAGCGCUUUAAUGUAAUUUGCUGCGUCGGUUUGCUUAUCAGAUGGUCAACGGUGCAUCAGACCAAACCCAGUUUUCC